AAAUAAUUAGUUUACAAUAUGGGAAUCUGCAUAUCCUCUGAAUCUUUUGAGAUUCAACCUGUUGGUUUUGGUAAUGAAAAUGUUGUUCAUUAUGAUGAUAACAACAUUAAUGAGAACCAAUGUGUAAUUGGUUCUGUUUUUUCUCAACAAGGAAAUAAAGGAAUCAAUCAAGAUUCUGCUAUUCUCUAUCAGCGCUAUGGUGUAGAAAAUGGAGUUUUUGGCGGAGUUUUUGAUGGACAUGGAGAGAAUGGACACAUAGUAAGCAAGUUUGUUAUGACUAAGUUGCCAUCUUUGCUGCUGAAACUUACAUUUUCUCUGCCAAAAAUCUUUUCUGUGAAACAAAAUGUGAUGAGAAGGAAUUUUAACAAGUGGAAAAAGGUUUGUUGGAGUUCCUUUAUGGUGAUGGAUAAAGAUAUUAAAAGUCUUGAAAAUUUGGACUGUUCUUUCAGUGGAACAACUGCUGUGGUUGCUAUAAGACAGGAUGAUGAUCUAGUUAUCGCCAACCUAGGAGAUUCUCGAGCUGUACUAGGAAGAAAGACAGAGGAGGGAGUAAUUGAGGCUGUUCAGUUAACUACGGAUUUGAAGCCUAGUCUGACUUCUGAAGUAGAAAGAAUAAGGAGGUGUGGUGGCAGAGUUUUUGCACGGAAAGAAGAGCCACAUAUCCAGAGAGUGUAUUUACCCAAUGAAGAUGUUCCUGGUUUGGCCAUGACAAGAUCAUAUGGGGAUUUAAUGCUAAAAUAUUUCGGCAUAAUCUCCGAGCCUGAUGUCUCUUAUCACCACAUUACUCCGAAUGACCAGUUUGUUGUUCUAGCAACUGAUGGGGUGUGGGAUGUGCUGAGCAAUGAUCAAGUCGUUUCCAUAGUGUGUGCAACAAAUAAUGCAGCAGCAGCGGCAGAGACAGUAGUACAAGCUUCGUUAGAUGCAUGGAAACAGAGGUUUCCUAACAGCAAGAGAGAUGACAGCACUGUCAUUUGCCUCUACUUGCAACAAGGUGCUUCUCUGAAGAAUGGUACUUGAAGCCAAAGCUUUUAGGUACUGAUGUUACUAUUUGUAUUAGUAUAUGGAUAUUCGCAUUUUGUAGAUUAUUGAGUUCUGAGUAGAAUUUUUGGAGACAAACGUAUGAAGGCUACAAACUCAUGAGAUGAAUUUCUAAGUGUUUUUUUCUAUAUAAAUAAAGCAUACUACUACACAAACAUUUUGUGUAAAUAUAAUGCAUUUUGUACACUCAUUUGUUCACCAUAUCAUUAUAUGGGUCAAAAUUUGGUUUACUGAAUAUUUAUUAAGUUAGUUGAAGGUUUAAUGUUGUUGUUACGAGGUUGCAAAAGUUGUCCUACUGAAUUAGUUGAACAAAAUAACAAGGAAGAGAAUGGAUGCAAGAAUUUCACAAGUGGAAUAUAACUUGAAAUCCCUUCAUAUGAAACUGAUACAAAAAUCUCAAGUAACGAGUGAGAUUCUCCACACGAAUGAACGACCUAUCAAGUUCAAGCAACCCUGAUUUAAGCUGAUCGUCAAUUGCAACUAGCAUCAACAUUUUAUUCAUCUUUCGGACCACCUCAUUCCACCAUAUCAUAUGUUGAAACUCUGGGGUACUAGAGAAAAACAAUAGAUAUAAUCACUUACUGUUUAUCAAAAAAAGGUA